CUACAACGGAGAGUUCUUUUUACACGGAGGUACUGAUAGAGGGCGGGUGACAUUAUUAAAACCAUACAGCUAAUUAGAACCUGAGUACCAUUCACCAGAACCCAAGCUUUUGAUACAUCACCAAAACUAUCCACCAGUGCAACCAAUGGACUCAAGAUGAGAUCGUCUAUCUUUAGCCAGGAUGUACCAGCAAGGAUCUCGUCGUCGAAAUCAAAGUUACCUGUCAGGAAAUCAAAAUCUUCUAGCCCAUAUGUGAGCAGUCCGAAUACCUCGAAUCUCGAGAAAUCAUCCAACGGGAUCAACAACCAAAACGGAGACAACCACAGCAAGUUGAAAAAUCUCUCAUGGAAUUUGGACGACUUAAUAUCAACCUACCAAGACAAAGGCUACUUGCCACCAAUACUAUCACCCACAUUACCAGAUGGAAAGAAUGAGGUGAAUCCCAUAGACAACCAUAGGGGAAUAAAAUCACCAACUCCCAAUUAUGCUUCCAAAAAGUCUACUUUGGUGAGCGAAGAAGAAGAAAGUGAACUCUCUGUCAAGAAUAAUUCUUUGAAGCCUACGAGUCGUCCCAUUCCCAGCAGACCUACAAGCACAAACAAAGCGCACGCAACGGACACCAAUGGUGAUUCAGGGGACGACGAUAACAUUCCCCUUUCAUUAUUAUCUCCAACCCUACCUACUUAUUUUGAAAGUAACCAAUCACAAUCGAAAGAGCAAAGAGAGGCCAAGAAACCAAAACCUGCAUCAAUCCCCAAAGUGAAGUGGAUCAAUAAACUUGACUCGAAUAAACCAAAGUUUUUAUUGAGGAUUUCAUUCAUUAACAAAGACGUCUUGAAAGGUGUAGCAUCUGUUAAGAACCAAAAAACUUCAACCCAAAGUGAUCAUAGCACUGCUUUAGCUGGCUUAGGCAUUCUGACUAAUGAUCUGAGAGAGAAACAAAGGAAGAAGGACCUCUUAAUUGAGAAGGAAAGAGAACGCGAAAAGGAAAAAGAGCGUGAACGGGAGAAGGAACGUGAGAAAGUGAAGGAACGUGAAAAGGAAAGAGAGCGUGAUAAAGAAAAAGAGCGUCAAAGUGAAAAGGCUGCUGAAGCCAAACAAUCGUACGAGAAAGAUCUAAAGAAGAUUAGAGAGUCGAAAGAAAGAGAGCUAGUUCUUCGUCAAAAACAGCAGGAUGAAAGGGAAAGAGAAUUUGCAGAAUUAAUGACAACAAAGGAGAAAGAACACGAAGUCAGAGAGAGGGAACGCGAAGAAGCUUACAGGAUAAAGCAAAUUCAUGAUAAAGAGACUAGGGAAAAAGAAAGACGAGCAAUUGAAUCGAAAGAACGUGACACUAUGGAUAAAAUCAAAAAAGAACGCGAAAGUCUUGAACGUGAAUUGAGAGAGAAAGAGAGAAAGUUGGCAGAAGCAGAGAAAGCACUUCAAAAUAAGGAAAAGGAAUUACUGAGAGUUAAUCUGAAACCUCUGUCUUCUGAUUUGACAUAUGAACAACAAAAACGGAGAGAACAAAUCAAACAAUUAAACAAAGAUGUUAUCUCAAAAGAACAAUCGCAUAUUCUGGAGAAAAGAAUAAAGCUUCCAAUAUCCUCAUCUUUGCCGGCUACUCCACCCAUGCAUCAUAAAUGGACUUCAAAUCAGCGAGAGGAAACAAAAAUUCAAUUGCAAUCUAAAAAGAAUCACUGGCUCAGUUUGGCCAAAGCAGCCAAUCAGAGAGCAGAUUCAUAUAAAGGGACUCAUGAUUUAUUAUCGGUAAUUAUACAAGUCGACUCUUUAAUUCUCAGGAUGAUAUCUUAUGACUACGAUGAACGUUCGAAAAUUGUUAGUGAUGUGUUACCGAGCGAGAGAUCAUGGAAGCUAUUGGUCAAAGAAAUCAGUCAAUUAAUUGAUGAGAUUGACAAGUUAGCUCGAAUUUUGAAAGACAAAAAUCAACUAGAAUUCCUUAAGAUCCUAGUCUGCAUUCUCUUUCAAACACAAGCUGUUGUAUUGAAGAGAAUUAAUUCCAUCCUCACUAAAGUAAUUCAACUGUAUAUCAACAAGAAUAACUCUGCAGGGGAACUUAAUGGUAAAAUUAUAGAAUUGCAACAGUUAACGAUUAACAACAACAGCUUGAUCAUUGAAAAUUUUAUGAAUUCAAAACCCAACUAUGUCAAUGCAAUAAUUCCUAUCAAGUUCCCAGUGACCUGGUUUAAGAAAUCACUCGAGAUGGAGAGUUCACAGCAAGACCAUAUUCUUGACAACUGUCACAACAACAUCAAGCCUUCAAAUCAAUUGUACUAUUUGCCUAUUGGUGUCUACUCAAACAUGAACGAGAUAACAUGUUUCUUGUACAAUAUUCUUCACGAAUUCAUAGACAUUUUCAACAAGUUCAUCAGGCCGAAGGAGCCUAUCAAAUAUGUAUUACAAAGUGGACAGUAAUACGACCAAACCGGCUGUACACUACUAACUAAGUGUUAGAUCCCGUCACAAAAAUGCGUUAAUUUAUUUGUAGAAAUUACAAUGUAUAUUUAGGUAAUGAGUUACGUCUGUGUUAUAAUUGAGAAUAAGACGAAUU